AGAGCCGCAGUGUCACAUCAAUUUGAAUCGCGGAUUCGACCGACCCAAGUGCCGACAGAUCGGGAAGGGGCACCGAGGGGCAGCAGUUGCGGGUGAGAAAACCCUCGGGCCCGAGCUCACCAUUGGCUCGGAAAUUCCCGCGGCCCAGAGUCAGCUCCAAGCCUGCCAACCGCGACGCUGAAGGAUGGGGCCUCUGAGCGUCAUUUCCAAAAAGUGACAUCGGGCCCCCUUCGAACCAACACCACAGUAUUUUGGCGAUAGCAUCCGCCACCUCUCUCCUCUCUCCGCCGUGCCCAAUUGCAGAACCCACCAGAGUCUAUUUACCCUAUAAACUAUCACCAUGUACAGACUCGGUCGCAGCCGCGCAUUGGCUUCGGCCUUUGCUGCGCCCAAGGUUUCUCCCUCCGCUAGACUCCAGAGCAUUGCGCAACAACAAAGGAGAGCUCUGAGCAUCCACGAGUACCGUUCUGCCGAUCUCCUCCGCCAGUAUGGCAUUGACCUCCCCAAGGGCUCCGUCGCGACGACGGCCGCCGAGGCCGAGGCGGUUGCGAAGAGCAUCGGCUCCGAGGACAUGGUUAUCAAGGCCCAGGUGCUCGCUGGCGGGCGCGGCAAGGGUAGCUUCGACAACGGGCUCAAGGGCGGCGUGCGCGUCAUCUACUCGCCCACCGAGGCCAAGAUGUUCGCCGACCAGAUGAUCGGCCACAAGCUCAUCACCAAGCAGACGGGCGCCGGCGGCCGUCUCUGCAACGCCGUCUACAUCUGCGAGCGCAAGUUCGCCCGCCGCGAGUUCUACCUGGCCAUCCUCAUGGACCGCGCCUCGCAGGGCCCCGUCAUCGUGUCGUCGUCGCAGGGCGGCAUGGACAUCGAGGGCGUCGCCAAGGAGAACCCGGACGCCAUCACCACCACCUACAUCGACAUCAACGUCGGGGUGACGGACGAGAUCGCGCGCGGCAUCGCCACCAAGCUCGGCUUCAGCGAGCAGUGCGUCGAGGACGCCAAGGACACCAUCAAGAACCUGUACACCAUCUUCCUCGAGAAGGACGCCACCCAGAUCGAGAUCAACCCGCUCUCGGAGACGUCGGACCACAAGGUCAUGUGCAUGGACGCCAAGUUCGGCUUCGACGACAACGCCGACUUCCGGCAGAAGGAGGUCUUUGAGUGGCGCGACACCACCCAGGAGGACGCCGAGGAGGUGCGCGCCGCCGACGCCGGGCUCAACUUCAUCAAGCUGGACGGCGACAUCGGGUGCCUGGUCAACGGCGCCGGCCUGGCCAUGGCCACCAUGGACAUCAUCAAGCUCAACGGCGGGCAGCCGGCCAACUUCCUCGACGUCGGCGGCGGCGCCACCCCGGCCGCCAUCAAGGAGGCCUUCGAGCUCAUCACGAGCGACCCCAAGGUGACGGCCAUCUUCGUCAACAUCUUUGGCGGCAUCGUGCGCUGCGACGCCAUCGCCCACGGCCUCAUCAACACGGUCAAGACCCUCGACCUCAAGAUCCCCAUCAUCGCCCGCCUGCAGGGCACCAACAUGGAGCAGGCCCACCAGCUCAUCAACGAGUCGGGCAUGAAGAUCUUCUCCAUCGACGACCUGCAGAGCGCCGCCGAGCGCGCCGUACAGCUGUCCAAGGUUGUCAAGAUGGCUCGUGACAUUGAUGUUGGCGUCGAGUUUACGCUGGGCAUCUAAGAAGUCAUCCGUCUGAGGUUGGUUUAGCAAUAUAGACUGGCUGGUCGAUCGACAGGUUGAUGAAUAGGGCUUUGGAGAGGUUCCCUUUGUUUCCUACGGCACUGCUACUACUGCGGCUCUGCUUGUGUACAUCCAACCUGAUGAUGCUGUGCAUGUUGUAGGUAAUCCGUGUGAGUCUGUGUGUGGGUGGGUGGGUGUGUGUGGGUGUUGGUGGCCAGGUUGAUGUGUGAGGGGUUUAAGGGGAAAGAAGCGGGUUACGUACUACUAGACUUGACUUUUGGCAAUGGCAUCUUUCCUUGUUGUUGUAUAUGCUGUUUGCGUGGCUGUUUGAUAAGUGU